AUGUCAAACAAACAUUCCAACACAAAGCCUUCUUGGGCUUCCAAACUCACCAAGGAUCGUUCCUACUGGGAUGCCCCUUUACCGGACCAAAUCCGUGAACAAAACGAGGCCCCUUACGGGGCUGUGCCAAUGGGAUGCCAAAGAAGCCAUGGUAGGGAUAUUGCCACAACUACAUGCCUCAUGCGCCUUCCACCGCCCCGCACCUUGGACCAACUUCCUUUAAUGGAACGCGAACUUAUCCGCAUCUUCAACGACCGAGAAUCCGACUUGGAUCGAGUUGUCCACCUUUCAGGGUUUGCAGAUCAUAAGCUGGUUGGCUUGAGUCUAGGAGUGGUGUGGCACAUCCCGGGCUUGCCUCCCACUUCCUUUCGUGGAGGUCAUGUUGUAGAUGUGGAGUCUCUUGGCCAGGACGACGAAGAGGCUCCUGGCCUCUUGGGUCGACUCCUUGGGGGUGGACGUAAAGCUGCUAACACUAUGAAGUCUGGCGAGCUCAAUGGGGACCGUGAGAGCAAAGCCGCGGAAGGUGGUGAGCUAGAUGAACUCCUCCAGCAGGAGCUGAAAUGGCGUUUGGAAGUUGAAAAAGCUUUGGAUGCUUUGUCUGAUAGGGAUUGGCAAGGGCAUCUAGUUGCGGUAUGCUCUAUGGAGGGAAUACCAAGGAAAUUAGAUACAACGCCAGAGGGAAGUGACAUUGCAGAGGGAAGUGACAUUGCGGAGGGAAGUGAUAUUGCGGAGGGAGACAAUAUUUCAGAGGAAUGUGAGGCUACAGAGGGACACAAGACUGAGGGAGGAUUCGGGAUUCCGGACUGA